CAAACUCCUAAAGUUCUUGAAGAUCACGCAAAGUCAGUCUUUCAACAUGACGAUAUCUUCUUACAAUGACAGCUAUGUCAUUAUCGACAGAAACGGCAUUAUUGAGAACAGACACUUUGUUCAUGCUGCCAUCGUUGAUUCCACGGGAAAGCUUUUAUUUAGCCUAGGGGAUCCCUCACGUAUUACCUUGUUGCGUUCAGCUGCUAAGCCUGCUCAAGCGCUGGCAGUCGUAGAAACUGGUGCGCUUGAGAAGUUUGGUUUUGAUAAUGCUGAUCUGGCCCUCAUGUGCGCCUCACACAGCAGCGAGGAUCGACAUAUUGCGCGGGCUCGGAGUAUGCUGGCUAAAUCACAGCACACUGAAGACCAACUACAGUGCGGUGGCCAUCCAGCUCUCAACCCAGCCGUAAACCGCGAAUGGAUAAAGCGCGAUUUUGAACCUACAGGGAUCCACAACAACUGCUCUGGCAAACACGCGGGUAUGCUAGCAGGAGCCAGAGCUCUGGCCGUUUCAUCAAAUGACUACCACUUGUUGACGCAUCCAAUUCAAGCAAGAGUCAGGGAAGUUGUGGAAGAACUGUCCGGCCUGAGCGAAGAAGAAGUCAAGUGGGGGGUUGACGGAUGUAACAUGCCAGCACCGGCGCUUCCGCUCUCUUGCCUUGCUAAGCUGUAUGCUUCCUUCGCUCGGGCAUCUGACGCUUCCGCGAGCGGUGAUAGCAUCGAUGCCAGAACGCAGCGCAUGGGCCAAAUAUUUAACGCCAUGUCUCAAAUGCCUGAAAUGGUUGGUGGUGAGGGUCGGUUUUGUACUCUUCUCAUGGAAGCUUUCCAGGGAUCGCUCAUUGGCAAAGUCGGCGCAGACGGUUGUUAUGGCGUUGGUAUGCGUGAAUCUGAGAUAUCGCGAAAAAUGGGUGCUGUUGGCGCUGUUGGCAUCGCGGUAAAGGUUGAAGAUGGCAACUUGGAUAUCCUUUAUGCAGCAGUUGCUGAAAUCUUGGAGCGGAUGAAGAUUUGCAAACAAGAAAGUAAAAAGAAUCUAGACGCAUAUCACCAUCCUACAAUUAAAAACACUAAGGGCAUUGUCACAGGUACUACGAAAUUUCACUUCAGCUUUCGGUCCACCGGCUAGUCGAUAUCGAUUUAACUACUGAGCAGAAGUACUGCCACAAGCAUCGCAGGAUUUUCUCAUCUUUGUUAUAUUUCCUACUAGAUUCUAAACUAUCUAUUAAAUAUUUUAUACCUCCUUGCUAUUGAAUAGAAAAUCGUUAGAGUACAUGUGGC